AUGUUCGCGAUGUUAUCACAGAUGUGGCUGGUGAAGAACGUGGCCCUACAGAUAGUACUUUGUGUUAAAAGUGAAAGAUUUUACGCGGCUAUGGAACAAGUUCCGAGUGUUUGUGUAGAGCUGAUGCAAACUAGAGGAUGUACAGACAAGCAGAGACAAGUAUGCAAGAACAUUCAGCGCCUUCAUGAGACCUCGUUCAAGAAGAUGAGUGGGUUCGGUCUGUUCGUAGUCGACGUCGCGCUGCCUCUUCGUAUAGCUAGUGUUCUGACCUCGUACACAUUGGCCAUCUUACAGUUUGCGCUAUCUUAG